GCGGUGGGUGAGACUUUUCCUGUCGGCGGAUCCUGCUGGCCCUGCCGGCGGGCGGGCGGCGGGUUGUACCCCGCCCCGGCGCUGCGCUGAGGCGCGCCGGGCCGGGCCGCGGUGAAGGGACGCCAUGGGGCUGCUGGAGAGGCUGAGAAAGGAGUGGUUCAUCGCGGGGAUAGUGCUGGUCAUCGCGGCCGCCAGGCUGGAGCCCGACGUCGGCGUGAAAGGCGGACCCUUGAAACCAGAAAUUACCAUAACUUACAUUGCUGUUUCAGCUAUAUUCUUUAACAGUGGACUCUCAUUAAAAACAGAGGAGCUGACAAGUGCUUUGAUGCACGUGAAACUCCACCUUUUUGUCCAGAUUUUUACACUUGUGUUCUUCCCAACAGCAAUAUGGCUCUUUCUUCAGCUAUUAUCAAUCACACCUAUAAAUGAAUGGCUUUUAAAAGGGUUGCAGACAGUAGGCUGUAUGCCACCUCCUGUGUCAUCUGCAGUAAUUUUAACCAAAGCUGUUGGUGGAAAUGAGGCAGCUGCUAUAUUUAAUUCUGCUUUUGGAAGCUUUUUGCUUGGAUCAUCCUCCUCUGUGCCUUUUACAUCUAUAUUCUCGCAGCUGUUUAUGACUGUUGUAGUCCCCCUUAUUAUUGGACAGAUUGUCCGAAGAUACAUCAAGGACUGGCUUGAAAGGAGGAAGCCUCCAUUUGGCACUAUCAGCAGCUGUGUGCUCCUGAUGAUCAUCUAUACUACAUUCUGUGACACUUUUGCCAAUCCAAAUAUUGACCUUGAUAAGUUUAGCUUGAUUAUAAUAGUGUUUAUAAUAUUUUCUGUUCAGAUGAGCUUCAUGUUUUUGACUUUCCUCUUCUCUACAAGGAAUAACUCUGGUUUCACACCAGCGGACACAGUGGCCAUCAUUUUCUGCUCCACACACAAAUCUCUCACCCUGGGGAUUCCAAUGCUGAAGAUAGUAUUUGCAGGUUACGAACACUUAUCCUUAAUUUCUGUCCCCUUACUCAUCUAUCAUCCUGCUCAGAUUCUUCUUGGCAGUCUUUUGGUACCAACAAUAAAAUCUUGGAUGGUUUCUAGGCAAAAGGCACUGAAGUUAACGAGGCAACCCAAAGUACCCGUGAAGGUAUAAUGCUGGAGAUGGCCGGUGUCACAGUGAAUGUAUAUAUGUACUAUACUGUACACACAGACGACUGAGACAACUGGGUAUUUGUGAAUGUUGCUUCAUAUUUUAUUUUUAUAUAUACAUAUAUAUAUAUAUAUAUAAAAGAUACCCGUCAAGUGCCUUACAGUUGCAUUUUUGGCAAAGUGUUGUUUCCAGAAGCCGCUUUGUUGGCUGCUGCAAAAGGUUUGUACAGUAUUUUGAAGUUGUUUAGUUUUUAUUUUUCUAACAGAGUGAAAUGAAGAGGUCAUGAAUAACAGCUGUGUUUCUUCCAUUGCCCCUGCUUUGAAGUCAGGGUGCAGCAGCUGUAAGUAGCCAAAAUGACCAGUAGCCUGUCCCACUGCUGGCUUACCCUGGAGAAGAGCUUGCUGAAGGGUUUUUUUCAAGACUGACUUGAAUUUCUGUGUGAUUCUGUUACACUCCCUAGUCAUAUGACUGUGACAUGCCUUUUUCUUCUGAGUUUGUGUAUACUCAGCAUGGGGCCAUCCAAUGGAUAGAAGCUGAGAAGCAUGAAUUAUUUGCAUUUGUUGACACAGUUGUCUAGACAUUCCUUCAAAGUUAAUGGUUUCUCAAGAAAAUUCUUUCAAUUCCAUUGUAUGAUAUUGUGCCAUUGUAUAUCUUAAAUGCCUCAUAAGCUUCUUCAAAGAACUGAUCUGGUGCUUGGGUUAUGAGUGAAGUAUUUGUGUUUGCAGCUAGCAGAUUUUUUAUAAUUUACCCCUAAAGAACACAAAUUUUUGUUUUUCUUUCUUUUUUUUCUUUCUUUCCCGUCCUUCCCUUGGCGCAAUGCACAGAGAUCUGCAGUGACAGAAUUUAGGAUGCUAAUAUUGAAGCAGAGUCUCUAUUGUAGUAAGCCGAGCUUUGUUUUCUACACUGCUGCGUUGGUAAUGAACAAUAGCUUGUGAGGACAAGAGUUGACAAUUAUUAUUAUUAUUAUUUUCUAAUUAGAAGGAUCCUUACAGUAACAGGAACACUAUCGUAGCUAAUUUGACAAUCCUACACUGGGCUCUGAGGGGUACCCAUGUACAAACACUGUACUGGCAAUUGCACGUUACAACAUUAAAAGGAAUGGAAGAAAUAGGUCAAACAGGUAUCGAUGUGAGUGCAGAAGUGUCACGUGUGCCAUGGUUAACAUUGCAGUUAAUGGUGCAACUGAGCAGAUCUUUAGCAGAUGUAGCUCUGAUAAGGCUGUAGGCAUUUACACAAGCUAAAGGUCUUUUUUUGUUAGGAUAGGUACAUUAAAUACGUAUCUUUUUUCCUUAGUGAAAAAAAGAAGUGUUUGAUAUACCUACUCUGUUUUUCUGGCCUGUCAUUCAUGUGAACAACAGGAAAGCAAUCCUGGGUGCUUUACCUGAUGGUCAGUUAGUGCAAGACUGUUCCAUUACCAUUUGCCUGAGAAAAUGUUGAGAGCCAACAGUGUCACCUUUAUUCAAACUUGUUGUCAACAAUAAAGAAACCACAUAACAAAGGAAUGUGAUGUGGUCACAAGCUGAAUUAUUUUCAUUUCCUGGAGAGGAAUCAAGCUCUGCUCACUGUCCGCUCCCAGCAUCCUCCAGUGCUGUGCUCUCUUUCUGUAGCCAGAUACAAAGGGCAGCAGGCAGCAAGCACACAGUUUAGAUCACUGUAUCUCUUAAUGGUAUAGUCAGUUACACCAGCGGGCCAACCUGGGUGGUGACUGCAGAGAGUAACAUUCACGUUCUCUGGCUGUUUCUUAAACACGCUAAUCAGAAACUGGCUCCUUGUGCAUUGAAAUUCCUUUGUCUGUGCUUGCAGCAUAGACCAGACUCAGGAUGGCAUCUUUUUAUUCUAUUUCUCUAAACCCAAACUUCCAGAAUACUUAAGGACUUAAUCUCCCAUUGAAAUCAGUGUCUCUUUCGGUUACUUUUAAAUGGCAAAACAACAUUCCCAGAAAGUGAUAGUCUUCUUGUUGUUGUAUCGUUGUUGUUUUAAUCUGCAGGAAAAGUUCAAGCAUACAGUAACCGAGCGUAGCUGUGUUGAUGCUAAAUAGUCAGAACACUGCAGCUUCCCUUACUGAGCUACCUCUGUGUACUGAAUCUCCUACCUUCAGUACAACCAACAACUUGCUUAGAUUCCACUGAAAACUUUUUUUUUUCUUUCAGUAUUUUCUGCAUUUAAGAAUAUUUCAGAUUGUUUUAAGGUGGAGUUCUGGUAAAGCCUUUACCAAAUCACCGUUGAUUGCUUGGGGCAGCAUAAUGUUGUGUAUCAGCAUUGGAGGUGUUCAUCUAAAGGGAAUAUAAAACAAAACUGCAAUGCGUGUUUUGAAACCAUACUUCAUGAAACUUAAUUAUGCGUAUCAAUUCUGUUUUGUUUAAAGACUGUUGUGUUUGUUUUAUGACUUCUUGUUACGCUUAGUGCCCUUAAUAAACAGGAUGGUUUUGAAUUUCAUUUGGCUAACAGGAAAACAAGAUAAAAUCACUUAUCCUUUGGCUCUACUUUUUACCCAUUACCUACGCUUUGUUCUUUUGCAAGCUUUUUAAAUUGUUUGCUUGUCCUGUUAAUAAAUAAAGAAAUGAAUCUGUGAACUGUUUAAAAAUAUUUAAUCAACUAAACUUGGAGAAAUAAGAAAUACUGCAAAUUAUAAUCAAUGGGAAGUUAAUUCAUUGAAUACAGCAGUGUUUCAAUGGAGGGUUAAAAUAGCUUGGUUUUUUACCAACUGAGCAUUGGUGAUGGAUGUAAUCAGGCAAAACUGAUGGAAAAGUGAGAACUUUGUAUAUAAUACAUAAGGAUUUUCUUAAUUGUUGAUGCUUCUUAGCUUCCGUAUACCUAUAAUCCCAUUUAAUUAUAUCAGAGGGGAAAAAAACCCACCAAGACAAUAAAGUGGCACUUCAGAGUUUACAGGGAAUCUUUGUAAGUUGUGUUGAGUCUCUCAAAAAUUGUAUCUCCCCUUUUUUGCAGUACUUGAGAAGCUUAUGAUGGCAUCAGUAAGGUCCAAGAGAAAUAAUUUUGUAUGUAUUUUAAAAUACAGAUCUUUAUUUUGUGGUUGCAUUGUUUUCUUGUGUAACUUCUAGCUACUGUGAAUAGGUUAUACAACAGAAAGACCACAGUCUCAGCAGAGGCUGGGCAGUUGUGCUUGUUCACGGACCAAAGAGGAGUAACCCAACUAUUUGGUUUUACUGUAGUCCUCUCAAUUAUUGUGGCAGUCAGGGAAAGAGGAGCUUUUAGUUUUGUGUAUGGUUUUCUGUGAAAAUACCUUGACAGCAGGAGGUUAGAAGUUAAGAUGAAAUAUUGUCUGUCUGCAAGCACAUUUAUCUAUGUGUAAGUGCAUAUGUGCAUAAGAUAUGAGCAGUUACACGUGUAGAAAUGCUAGGAAGAACUGAGACUCUGGUAUACAUUUUUUGCAGGUCUUUAUAUGGUGAAAGAGCUACUUUUUUAUGUUAUUCUGACAUUAAAAAUGAAAUUUCAGUCACUGAA